CGAAGGGCUGCCAGUGCUGCUGUCAUUGUCUAACCUAAUGAGACCCCGUCCCAGUUUCAGCCUCAGUUCCAGCUCUGACAGCAGCUCGAGCUUGUUGCCAAUAUUGGAUGGUCAUAACUCGGCCAUCAGGGCUGGCAGCGGCACAGAGGAGCAAUUACUUCGAUUGCAGUCGGACUACAACUACCAACUGUUGUACAAUGCCGAACGGCACACGUACUUCCAGUUGCAUACCGUAACCGGCAAUCAGGAUGCCGGUGCCCAGCCCAAUCGAAGGCUCUUCCAGCAGACAGUGGGCAGCCCUUUGAGUGCCGCCUUCGGACUGAAUGUGAUGCCAACGGAUGGACGCGGGACUGUGACCACGGAGACUGUCCAUCUCUAUGAUGCUGCCUCGCUGCGGCAGUCGCGCUUCAAUCCCUUCAAUCCGACACGCAUCCUCAUCCAUGGCUGGCUGGGCAAUGCAAAUGCGAAUAUGUACAGCGCCUUGCUGCCGCCGUACCUGUCACUGGCCCAGGGCCGCUACAACAUCUUCACCGUGGACUGGGGCCGUGGCGCCAUAGCGGACUACAUAACGGCCAGCUAUCGGGUGAAGCCCGUGGGUCUGGUGCUGGCCAAGUUCGUGGACUUUCUGCAUCGGGAGGCGGGUCUGCGAUUCGAGGACCUGCAGCUGGUGGGCUUCAGCAUGGGCGCCCAUGUGGCGGGACUGGCGGGGAAGCACCUGCAAACGGGGCGCCUGCGGCUGAUACGCGCCCUGGAUCCGGCCCUGCCCUUCUUUCGUUAUGCCCAGGAAAAGGAGCGUCUGGCGCGAGAGGAUGCCGAUUAUGUGGAGGUGCUGCACACGAGUGUCGGCAGCUACGGCUUCGAUCGGCCGCUGGGGCAUGCCGAUUUCUACGCCAAUUGGGGCAGCCAGCAGCCGGGCUGCUUCUGGCGCGAGUGCAGCCACUGGCGGGCAUUCAUCCUCUUUGCCGAGAGUCUGCGGCCCGGCCGGGCAUUUGCAUCGCGCGGCUGUGCGGUCGGCGAAUGGCAGCAGUUGACCCGCUUCCAACGUUGCCGCCCCAGGGAGACGACCCCAACAGAGCCAGACCAGCGGGUGAGCAUGGGCGGCGAUUUGGCUAAUGCCUCAAUGGAGCAGCUGCUGGCCACACGACAGGGUGUCUAUUAUUUCGCGACAAAUGACAGGUCACCCUAUGGCAUGCCAGGCACAAAAUAAAUAGAGGAACAAAACGGAACAAAACGGAAUGGAACAUAACAGUUCGCGAGGGGAGUGAAUAGAGGGGGCAAACGUAAUGAGCAAAAUGCGAGUGCAGUUCGCGUUUUUAUUUCUAAUUAGUAAGGUGCAUACACACACACACAUGUGUGUGUG